UCACACUGGUGCGUCAAACAGCUGUUCACAUUACACAAGCAACCGCUUUUAUAAGAUUUCCCUUAGCUUUACCCGAAUUAUUUGAAUUAAAACCACAUCAUGCCUUUUAUGAAGGGCCGCGAGCCCAUCCGGCGCACUCUCAAGUACCUGAAUGCGGGAAAACUGGUGCUCAAGGACAAGGUGCGCAUCUUCAGCGUCAACUACAACACAUACGGCGACCAUCACGCGGGAGCACGGGACUUUGUCUUCUGGAACAUACCGCAGAUCCAGUUCAAGAACCCCGAGGUCCAAGUGCUCACCCUGAAGAACAUGACGCCCUCACCCUUCGUAAGGUGCUACUUCGACGACGGACGGGACAUGCUCAUCGAUGUGGACGGCCGGAAUCGGGACGACAUCAUCGAACACCUGGUAAAGGUGGUGGGCAAGACCCGGGAGCAACUGGACGCGGAGGCGCGCUUAAAGGAGAGCAAGGACAACCCGGCCAACUUCGGCUACGGAUGCGGCAGGCACUGCAUCUGCGAGAUCCCCGGCCAGGUUCCCUGUCCCGGAACUGUUCCGCUGCCCGAUCACAUGCGCGGCAAGGUCCUAUUUGCACCCAAGUAGAUAUCAUCCGCCUGCGUUUGUUUCUUUUUUUAAUAAAUUAAUUGUAAAUUA